AUCAAAUUUAUAAUGGUCAAGGCAUAUAUACCACUUUAGAAAAAUCUUUUGAAGAGCAAGGGAUUACAAAGCUAGAAAAUAUUAAAGGUAAUACUAUUGAAGCUGGUAUUUCCAAAGAUGAUCAAACUCGUGAACAUGCUCUUUUGGUUUAUACACUUGAUGUUAAACAACUUAUUGACGCUGUUAACAAGAUGAACACAAUGCAAUAA